CGGACUCCGCACCAGCCAUGGCCACCUUCGUGGAGCUCAGCACCAAAGCCAAAAUGCCCAUUGUGGGCCUGGGCACCUUGAAGUCUCCUCCAGGCCAAGUCAAGGACGCAGUGAAGGCAGCCAUUGACGCCGGCUAUCGCCACAUCGACUGCGCCUACGUCUAUCAGAAUGAGAACGAGGUGGGAGAAGCCAUCCAGGAGAAGAUCAGAGAGAAGGCCGUGAAGCGGGAGGACCUCUUCAUCGUUAGCAAGCUGUGGCCUGCCUUCUUUGAGAGAAAACUGAUGAGGGAAGCCUUUCAGAAGACCCUCACGGAUCUGAAGCUGGAGUAUCUGGACCUGUAUCUCAUUCACUGGCUACAGGGCCUUCAGCCUGGGAAGGAACUAUUCCCCAAAGACGAAAAAGGCAACAUCCUCACCAGUAAACUCACGUUCCUGGAUGCCUGGGUGGCCCUGGAGGAGCUGGUGGAUGAGGGGCUGGUGAAAGCUCUUGGAGUAUCCAACUUCAACCAUUUUCAGAUCGAACAGAUCCUGAACAAGCCUGGGCUGAAACAUAAGCCAGUGACUAACCAGGUUGAGUGUCACCCAUACCUCAUGCAAGAGAAACUGAUCCAGUACUGCCACUCCAAGGGCAUCACUGUCACAGCCUACAGUCCCCUGGGCUCUCCAGACAGACCUUGGGCGAAGCCUGAGGACCCUUCCCUGCUGGAGGAUCCCAAGAUUAAGGCAAUUGCUGCAAAGCACAAGAAAACCGCAGCCCAGGUUCUGAUUCACUUCCAAGUCCAGAGGAACGUGAUUGUGAUUCCCAAGUCUGUGACACCAGCACGCAUCAUCGAGAACUUUCAGGUCUUUGACUUUAAGCUGAGUGACGAGGAGAUGGCCACCAUCCUCAGCUUCAACAGAAACUGGAGGGCCUGUCACGUGGACUUCAUGUCUCAGGUAGAGGGCUAUCCCUUCCAUGCCGAGUACUGAAGCUGAGUUCCCCGAUGAGGCCACCUGCUGGAUUGUAUCUUCACUCGAGUGUAACUCCACCUGAGUCCUAUGCCGGCCUCGCUUCUCUGCAUCUGUUGUAGGCCGGCUCAAGGCAGUGCUGUAGGUUCA